UGUGUUUUGUAGAUGUGUGGUAAUGGAGUCCGGUGUUUUGCCAGAUUCAUUGCCGAGCUCGAGAAUUUGCAGGGACGGCAUAGCUUUAAGGUGCAUACUGGUGCUGGUCUAAUUAUUCCGGAAAUUCAAGAAGAUGGGAAGGUUAAAGUUGAUAUGGGGGAACCAAUUCUUAAGGCUUCAGACGUACCUACAAGACUGCCUGCAAACAAGAUCACUGUUGUUAAGUCGGGUCUGAAUGUAGAUGGAGUAACCUGGAAUGUAACCUGUGUUAGUAUGGGAAAUCCUCAUUGCAUAACUUUUGGCACAGAAGGAGGCCAGAAUUUGAAGGUUGAUGAAUUGAAGUUGGCUGAAAUUGGUCCCAAGUUUGAGAAUCAUGAGGUGUUUCCAGCACGAACUAACACAGAAUUUGUGCAAGUUUUCACUCAUUCGCACCUAAAGAUGCGUGUUUGGGAGCGUGGGGCGGGAGCAACACUUGCUUGCGGAACUGGAGCUUGUGCUGUAGUGGUUGCCACAGUUCUUGAAGGUCGUGCUGAGCGAAACUGCACGGUUGAUCUACCGGGAGGGCCGUUGCAGAUUGAGUGGAGAGAGGAGAACAAUCACAUCUACAUGACAGGCCCAGCUGAAGUCGUAUUUUACGGAUCAGUGCCUCUAUGAUUCUUUUCACUACUAUUGUACUUGUGUGGAGAAUGAAGAUAGAUUUUGUAUUGAAAUUCACCUGAAUUUUGUAGAAUUGCAGGUGAAAGAAACUGUUGGAGACAUAAAAAACAUCAUCUGUAUUUGCCUUAUGAUAGUUGUGCCCCUCCAGUUGCAUCGUACUGUCUUCAUAGUCAAAUACUCAUCAUCUGUGUUUGCCUUAUAAAAUUUGACUUGUAAGU